CACGGAUUUCAGGGUGAAACUUUUUCACGAGCGUCCUCUGGUUUGCUUGUUGUCCAGAAAAUCUGAAAAGACUCGCGCAGCCCAGCCAGGAAACGCCAAAUUGUCGUGGAAAUUAGACAACACUCACACUCGUCCUCUGAAGAUCAUCCGUGCAAAUGGCGGUACCCGCAGCCCAGAAUCUGCAGCUGAACGCGGGAAGACGAAGCAGCCCAGUGAGCUCUGAGGAAAAUAACAUUCACAUCGACGAGAAAGAAUUGGAAAACAUCACAAACAACGUCGAGGACGGAAUUUCACUCCCACUACAUUCUCCAUGGACCUUCUGGCUCGAUAGGUCCUUACCAGGGACAACAGCAGCAGAGUGUGAAUCAAAUCUGAAAAAGAUCUACACAGUGCACACUGUUCAGAGCUUCUGGAGUGUGUACAACAACAUCCCUCCAGUGUCCUGUCUCCCACUGAGGUGUAGCUACCACUUAAUGCGAGGAGAAAGAAGACCACUAUGGGAAGAGGAAAGUAAUGCAAAGGGAGGUGUGUGGAAGAUGAAAGUACCAAAGGAGAGCACAUUAGCUGUGUGGAAAGAGUUACUGCUGGCUACUAUUGGUGAACAGUUUGCUGACUAUUGUGCAUCAGAGGAUGAAGUUGUUGGUGUAAGUGUCAGUGUGCGAGACAGAGAGGACGUGGUUCAGGUUUGGAACGGAAAUGCAUCUUUUGCUAAUGAGGCAAACAUUUUAGGAAGAAUCUACGAGCUCCUUCCACAGAUAUCUUUUAAAGCAGUAUUUUAUAAACCGCACGAGGAGCACCAUGCAUUUGAAGGUGGUCGUUCAAGACAUUAGCAGACUUUGCACAUUCAGUGUCUUUCCUUUCACUGUCUCAUUCUUCAACCGUCCUUAGAAAAUGGACUGAAAAA